CCACGUGGAUACGCGACCAUUUAGCUGAUAAAUUAAUAUCUCCCAAAGCUUUCCCCCAAAGAGCUCGCUCACAGAGAAAGAGAGAUCAAUAAUGGCUGCGAUGAGGAGGGGAUACGCGUUGUUCUCGAUCCUCGCGUUGUCGCUACUCGCUUCCUCAGUAAGAAGCGAGACGAAGGAGUUCGUGCUGACCUUGGAUCACUCCAACUUCACCGAUACCAUCAACAAGCACGACUUCAUCGUCGUCGAGUUCUACGCCCCUUGGUGUGGACACUGCAAGCAGCUAGCUCCUGAGUACGAGAAGGCUGCGUCAGAGCUGAGCAGUAACGUCCCUGCCGUGGUUCUUGCUAAGAUUGAUGCAAGUGAGGAGACUAACAAAGAGUUUGCAACCAAGUACGAGGUUCAGGGUUUCCCUACUAUCAAGAUCUUCAGAAACGGAGGUAAAGCUGUUCAGGAAUACAAAGGACCCCGUGAAGCUGACGGUAUUGUUUCUUACUUGAAGAAACAAAGUGGACCCGCUUCUUUUGAGAUCAAGUCGGGUGAUGAUGUUGUUGGUGACAAGAAGGUCGUUGUGGUUGGUGUUUUCCCUAAAUUAGCUGGCUCUGAGUUUGAUUCUUUCUUGGCCACUGCUGAGAAACUGCGCUCUGACUAUGAUUUUGCACAUACCUCUGAUGCUAAGCUUCUUCCUCGUGGAGAGUCUGUGACAGGACCUGUUGUCAGGCUGUUCAAACCCUUCGAUGAGCUGUUUGUUGAUUCCAAGGAUUUUGAUGGAGAAGCUUUGGAGAAGUUUGUCAAAGAAUCGAGCAUUCCGCUUAUCACCGUCUUUGACAAGGAUCCAAACAACCACCCUUAUGUUAUCAAAUUCUUUGACAGCCCUAACACUAAGGCGAUGUUUUUCAUUAACUUCACCGGAGAAUCAGCUGAGACUCUUAAAUCAAAGUACCGUGAAGUUGCUACAUCCAACAAGGGACAGGGUCUUAGCUUCCUUCUCGGUGAUGCUGAGAACAGCCAAGGCGCAUUCCAGUACUUUGGACUCGAAGAGAGCCAAGUUCCUCUCAUCAUCAUCCAAACUGCUGACGACAAGAAGUACCUGAAAACAAAUGUGGAGGUUGACCAGAUUGGUUCAUGGAUCAAGGACUUCAAGGAUGGAAAAGUGUCCCCUCACAAAAAGUCCCAACCUAUCCCAACCGAAAACAACGAACCAGUGAAGGUUGUUGUUGGUGAGAGCCUUGACGACAUGGUCUUCAACUCUGGAAAGAACGUGUUGCUUGAAUUCUAUGCACCAUGGUGUGGACACUGCCAAAAGCUUGUUCCAAUUUUGGUCGAAGUGGCUGUGUCAUACCAAAGCGAUCCAAGUGUUGUCAUAGCUAAGCUAGAUGCAACUGCAAACGACUUCCCACGUGAUACCUUCGAUGUGAAGGGAUUCCCAACCAUUUACUUCAGAUCAGCGAGCGGAAACGUUGUCCUGUACGAAGGAGACAGGACAAAGGAAGACUUUAUAAGCUUCAUUGACAAGAACAAGGACACAGCUGGAGAGCCUAAGACGGAGGACAAGACAGCUGAGGCCACUAAAGACGAGCUCUGAAAAGGAGAAGCGUGUUCCGUCUCUUAGCUGCUAGCCUAGUUUGGUAGUUUUGAGGAAAAUACACAGAAGACCACACUUCUUAGCGAAUGUUUCUUUGUCUAUUAAUUUUUUUUUUAUAUGCAAAAUUUUCUAAACAAUAACCGAAUAACGCCUGCCUCUUUUCUUGUUUUUUGGUUAAUUGUUCGUUUUUGACCUCUGUCCUCUUUUUAUAUUAUGGGUCAUGCUGGUUCAUAUUUUCAAA